AAGAGACAGAGCAGGUUAGCUUUCCACACUCGAAAGCAAAGAUGGCCUCCUCUGCAACUUCAACUGCGACGCUCGCUCUCUGUUCUUCGUUUCAAACUCAUUGCAACAUCUCCCAUCAUCGUAACCAACCACAAUGCAUCUCUCUCAGCAAUACCCAAUCCAGUUUUCUUUCCAAAACCCAUCAUCUUCUGUCCACAAGAUCUGCACUCCCGCUCAUUCCCAAAUUCUCCUCAUCCGACGCGCCAGUUUUGGAAGCCGAAGCGAAAGCGGAAGUCGGAGCCGAGCCGGAACCUACUCAGAUUGUUGAAACUGCCGAGGAAAAGCCCAAAAGAGAGGAGAUUUUUGCCGUGGUCAUGAUUGGGGGUCGCCAGUAUAUUGUUUUCCCAGGAAGAUUUCUCUAUGUUCAGAGGCUAAAAGGUGCAAAUGUCAAUGAUAAGAUUACUCUCAACAGGGUGUUACUGGUGGGGAAAAAAGAUAUUACCUACAUUGGGAAACCAGUGGUGACUAAUGCCGUCGUGGAAGCUGUUGUUGAAGAGCAGGGAUUGGAUCCUAAAGUAAUUGUUUUCAAGUAUAAGAAGAAGAAAAACUAUCGGAGAAAUAUUGGCCAUCGACAGCCAAACUCGCGGAUUAGGAUAACAGCCAUCACAGGCUAUCAAGACUAUCCGGCAACUACGCUUGACGAUGAACCCUAGGUAUAUGCUGGGGGUAUGUACCAGGCAAUCACAUCCAAAUUUACUGUAAUCUCGUAAUGCUUUGAAAGUCGUUUGUCAAAAUGAAGUAUAAUGUUACAGAAUAUUGUUGCUAUCCUUCUGUUUGUUUUUCAAAACCCCAAGCAGCCCAAGGGCUCCAUAUAACCAUAUUUCAUGCACAACCACAUCAUUUUUGUUUUAUUGGCACUCUGAUGA